ACAAUAAUUGUCUCUCGUUUUACCAUUUCUGUUACUACUUAUUGAAAUUUUAGUAUCAUUGUUUUUCCUACUCUUAUCUAUUACAAUUAAUUUUUUCUUAAAAUCAUGCGAUGCAGCUCAAAAGUGAUUUCCUUAUUAUUUACGUUUUUGGAUUGGCCACAAUGGGUCUGGUGAUGGGCAUCACCUGUGUGGUGAUUCCCCGAUUGUGGUUCUUUCUAGAGAGGGCUUAUAGGGUUUUCAUGGAGUACACUCCCAUCAUUUACCAAAGUGAGGAUCGCCUGUCGCCCGUUUCCAAAAGCCGACUAAGUCUCGUGGCCAGGAAAACACUUGUCCUGGACAUGGAUAACACCAUGAUCACGUCGUGGUUUAUAAAAAGCGGCAAGAAACCGGAGAAUAAACCGAGAAUUGCGCACGACUUUAAGUUCUACUUGGGGGCCUAUGGAGCCACCAUCUAUGUCUACAAGCGCCCCUAUUUGGAUCACUUCCUCGAUCGCGUAUCCAAGUGGUACGACCUGACUGUCUUCACAUCCGGAGCCGAGAUAUAUGCCUCUCCGAUUCUCGACUUCCUGGACAGGGGAAGGGGCAUCCUGAAGAGUCGCCUCUAUCGGCAGCAUUGCAUAGAACAGUUUGGAAUGUGGUCCAAGUCCGUACUGCAGGCCUGCCCGGAUUUGUCCAAUGUUGUGCUGCUGGACAACUCCAGCAAGGAGUGCAGUUCAAAUGCGGGGAACGCCAUUCUCAUCAGGUCCUAUGAAGUCGGCAGUCGCGACCAGGCCCUCAUCAAUUUGUUACCUUUUCUGGACGCCCUGCGAUUCCUGAAGGAUGUGCGACCGAUGCUCGAACGUUGCACUCGUUUCAAAAGUUUUGCUCAGUAAUAUGAAGUUGGUUGUUUGUUUUUUUUUUAGGUUCUAUUCAAUCGUUUGUUAAAUUUUAAAGCACUGAAUCACAUUGGCUUAUCAUUUUGCACAUUGAUCAAAGGUCAUUGAGUGCUCGUGAUUUUUGAAAUUUAUUCUUUGAGAGUCAUUCAGGCAUUUAGAGAUCUCCACAAAGCGCAAUUUUUGUAUGGCUCAUGGGUUGUUAUGAAACAACAGCAUUUGGAAUCCUUUGGGUGUAAUUUAGAUUUAUAUUUUGCAGCAAAAGUGAUUGAGAAAUACUCUCUACAGCAAGGUGUAGCAACAUCUUCCACUGUCUUCGGUUUAGUCAUGCCCCAAGGGUCUGCUUAGUCAUGUGCCAGCCAGCAUUGGAAAAAGUGGAAGGCCAAGUGAUUCACUGAGUAAACGACUUCGGCCAAGGCUGCAGCGAUAUCAGGCCACAACUCAUAUUAAUCAGAGGCUAGUACAAUGUGCUCCACUUUAUCGGCCAGCGAGUUGCGACAGUGAAAAAUGAGCAAAUGUCACAAGGAUCAUAGGGCUUGGCCCGUUCCACCAUCUGCAUUUCGAUCUGAGUUGAAACUGGGUUUGAAACUGGUUUUGCUCAAAGAAAGCAAAAAUAAUUAAGUGCUUCGA